CAAUUAGAGGUUCAGAUAAAUAAAUUUCUUACUUGUCUGUUGGGCAAGUCUUUUCGCCUUAUCAUGCUUAUUGCAGAAGCAAUGCCUUUAAUAGGCUUGCAGUUUCUGGCUGCAAAAUGUAGACAGUUGUUAAAUUUGUGAUUAUGCUACACAGGGGAGACAUAUCUGUGUGUUAAAAAAUUAUGUAAUUGAUUUAUGCUCCUUGGUAGAUUAGAAAUCCUGCUGUCUGCCCUUUUCUGACUAAGUUUUUAAUCCUUUCAAUUUUGAAGAAAAUUGUAUUCAAAAUGACAAUACUGUUUCCAUAGAAACAUUAAAAUUACAACCGCUAGUAGAACACCAAUAGUUUAAACAUUCUUAUCCCCCCUCAAUCUGCAACCCCAAAACAUGCAUAAUAAUGAACAUUGAAAAGUAGUAUAUUAACUUUAACAUAUUUAAAGACUUACAUUCCAUAUCUAAAAAUAAAUACAAAAUAAGAAAACACAUACAAAAAUCUCCUAGCACAGUGGAGUGAAGUGUUAUAUAUGGGAAAUAGGUUUUUAUGCUAUGAGGGUUGUUUGUUUUGAUUGUAGGAGACCCUGAACUGAUGUCUUCAAGGCAUCUGAAAAGACCAUUAGAUAGUGCUGAUAUGUAUUCUGAUUCUUCUGAAGCAUUGAGAACAUCUCAAUAUAUUGAUCGUCUAAUGUCCAUUGGAAAAUCAGAGGAGCUUCCAAUGGAUGCUUACGACAUAUAUCAGAAACAAUUACAAGUUGCUUUAUUGAAGGAACAGACAGAAAAUGCUAUAUUAGCUAAAGCGGGACUCCUUUCCGCUCCUCAAAAACAUGCACUUCUAUCUGUUCCUGAGCCUGUCCAGCCACCUCAUUUACUGGAAACUCCAGUUGCUAGUUCACAUGGUCAGUUACUAAGCUUAUUUGAAGUAAAAAGUGAACUACCAAGCUUGUUUGAUACUCCAGUUCAACCACAGAGCUUGCUAGGAACUCCACUACUUGAUAAGCACCCAUCUGACUUGUUUGAAACAUCACUACCGGAUACAAAGGUUCAAAGUUUAAUGAGCAUUGAUGUAGGUCCAAAAAAGAAGGCAAGGUUGUCUGGACCGCAACCAUUGAUGCAGCAGGAUGUACAACCAACUAUGUCAUUAGAAAGAAUGAGUCAGCAUGGUAACAAGAGAAUAGAAAAAGUACCAGGUGAUGGACCAAGAUCAAAAGAAGAACGUAGAAUGAUGGCCAAAGUUGAUGGACCACCAGUCAUGCCUGCCAUAGCUGAUGUCCUCAAGACUGUAUGUACAACGACUGCAAAUAUGUAUCAGCUUGUAGAACGCUACAAUAUUCCUCAGAAUUGUCUAUAUCUGAAGCCACCUAUUGUACAUCAGGAUUUGUUUUCCAAAAUCGAUGCGAGACAGAGAAGUUACGACAAUUUUCUCCAAAGCAUGCAGAUGCAGUUAGCUGUUGCUGUAGUACCACUUAUUCAGACUUGUGCCUUCUUUGAGAACAGCAUAACAAUCGACAAUGAGGUGGUGUAUCAGCUUCUCAAAGACAGCAUGCUUCUCUUGUGUAACUUCAUUUUGGAGAUGACCGUCAAACGCAGGCACCUCCUGAGAAACCAUCUUCCAAAGGAGGUUAGGUGGCUUUGUGUACGCAAGAUGGUGAUCGGUGACCAUUUCUUUCCUGAAGAGUUUCUUGGUCAUACUGAAGAUGCGAAGGCUUUGAGACAAGCAUUUGACCAGGCUCACAAGACUGGUGAAGAGGAAAAGCAUAUAUUUGCACAACAGUUGCUGAACAAAAAGCGUGUCGAUGAUACCCUGUCAGAUAUACCAACAUGGUCAAAGAUUGCUGAACUAGUUAAUUUAAGCUCCACCGUUCCUGUCAAUCAGCAGUUUGUGAAGAAACUGCGAGAAAAGUAUCUGAUACCUGAGAAUUGUCACUGUUUAAGGCCACCAACAUGUAACCCUAGUAUCUGGCAUAAAAUGAAUCAUGAGGCAAUGCAUGAUGAUCGAGACUUGCAAAACCCUCAGAGGUUAAUAGGUCAUGCUAUUGUACCAAUAAUUAGAAUGCUGGAGAGCAUUAAGUUUGUUAAUGUACAACCUUUGAAGAUGUUCUCAAUGCUAAAGGAGACAUUGUACAUUUUAUGCACUACUCAGAGGGAAAUAUCCGUCAUGCGAAGGCGUUACUUGAAGAAUGCUCUUCCAGAGCCAUUUAAAGUCAAGUGUGAUAGCAGGAUCCCAAUUACCCGCUAUUUGUGUGGUGAUGGUACAGAAAGUUAUGGUGCAGGAGAGCCAAAACCUGAUACACAGAAAGAUCUACAGGCUAAAAUAUUAAGUAUCUUAAAUGGGCCAGGAGAAGGACCAGGACUAGGAAGCAUGGUAGGAUUAUCACAACAGCCCCAGGGCAAUGGAUCUAUGGAUGGUAGACAAGCACCAGGGGGAAUGUCGUCUCUCAUCAAUCUGGAUAACCCCAAUGUUCAGAAAGCUUUAGAUAAUCUCAUUCAAAGUGGUCCUAACUUGUUAAAGACAUUGUCACAUGCUCCUGGGAACCCAUUACAACCCGGAGCUGCUAUAACCAGCCGUGACAGUCAACAUACUCAGCCUCAACCAUCAAUGGGGCAAAAUCAAGGCUAUCCUCCCAGGGGACAGUCUAUGGGCAUGCAGCAAGGAGUCAGACCUCCCUUUAGUGGUGCUGGUGGACAACCUAUGAGAAUGUCAAAUCCAGGGGGAAUACCACCCAGACGGCCACCUCCACAAUACUGAUGAGACUUGUUAUUUUAUUGUGACAUUUUAGUUACAUUUAUGUAGUAACAGUGCUUUAAUUUGUCUAACAUGGAUAAAGUGUAAUGACUUGAAGUAUUUUCAACAUAUCCUGCAAAUGAAGAAAUAUCAAGAUAGCGAGAAAAGGCAUUGUAUACUUGAAAGAUUUACCAAUUUAUAAUGUAAGAUUUUCAUUGAAGGAUUUGUUUACUCAUAAUAUAUAUAGUUGAAUGAAAAAAUGAUUCAGAGUAAGUGUAAUGAAAGAAAGAAAGAAAAAACACAUACAGCCAUAAAAGAAGCUAUCCUACAUUCUCGUCCGAGUCCGCCUUGAUUUUUAAUUUUUUACCAUUGAAAGAAAAAAAAAGAUUGAUUUUUAUAUUCGACACUUUGAAAAUAGUAAAAUUAUGUUUUAAACAUUGUCUGUUUGAAUUUAUUAAGGGAGUUGAAUGAGAAUUUAGGCAUUUUCCUUUGUGUCUUCUUUGAGCAUGGUUAGUUCACAUUUCUAGUCUGUAUCAAACAAUAGCUUAUUUCAUUUUCUGCUCACUAUUUCCAAGGUACCAGAACAUUUAAGAAAUCAUUAACAAUUAACAUUUAUUAUAAGAUAAUGUGUAUGUAUUAUAUUAUUUGUUUGUUUGCUGUUAUAUUUUUGUUUGUUAAUGAACAUUUUUCACCUGUCAACAAGUUGUCAAAAACAUUAGAGCAUUAUCGAUUGUGUACAGAAUCAUGUUUAUCACACUAGAACUGUCAUUUUAUUGUAGAUUAAGAAAUGAUUUUACUUAAUUCAUCCAUCUUGUUGAUCUUCCAAUAAACCAUUUGAAAAUCAUUGUAAAGGUUCAUUGUAUGAAGAUAAUUAUAUAAACAAAGUCCAUAUUUCAGUCAAAAUUUUAUAUUUUUGCAUCCAGUUUACAUAAGAGAUAUUAAAAUGUUAAGUUAAGAACAUUAUACAAUACAUCACAGACUUUUAUAGAAGUCAAAAUCUGAAAACUUUGCUACUUGUCGUGUUGAUUUUUAUUGUGGGAAAGGUAUCAUUACUGCUGUUUAUUCUGUGUAUUCCCUGAAAAAACUUAAGAAUCACUGACAACCUGAAAAUAUUAAUAUUGCAUCUUUGGUGAGAUUUUAUAACAUACAUUUUUUUAAUUGAAAUAUCAAAAUAUCAGAAUUGUUAUGAUUUUAUAAAAAAUCCUAUUUGUCAUACAUAUUUUUGUAGGAAAUAUCAUUGUAGCAUAUAAAGCAUGUUGAAUCAUUCAGAAGUCUCAAAAAUCUAGCACCAAAUUUUAACAUCAUUGAAAAAAGGCCAUUGUAUGAAAAAUAAAGAAAUUGAUAUCAAUGUCUGUUGUAAAUUCUAUGCUGAGAUACUACAUUUAAAGGAGUUACAUUUUAUACAAUAAGUUGAAUGUUUAGAAAGUAUGGCGGUCUUUAGAUGUUCUCUUUCUUGUUCUCUGAUUAUUGGUGAGACACAGACAUGGCUGAGACCAAAGGGCUCUAAAAAAGAGUAGAUCAUUGUAAAUUCCUUGAAUUACACAAAAAAAGAAGCGAUCUAAAUAAGUAAAAAGUGCAUUUAAUAAGGAAACAAUUAAUCCUCCAAAUGUUGUCUUAAAAUCAAAUAUUUAUGAUAUAAGGUGUUCUGCAAUUUAAUCAUCAUCUAUUAAAUAAAUUGCAUGAACUUCAAAAGUAUCUUUUCAAAAUCCUAUUCAGGUAAAUUCUGGGUAAUUUAUUAAUACUUUUUUUUAUUGAAACUAUACCAAAAUUUUUAAUUCUUAUAAGGAAACUGCGGUGCUCAAUAAUGCCUGAGAAAGGUAAUAUGACCAUGGCAAUCAUACCACAUCUCCUUAUUUUUAUACGACUGCAAAAAAAUUUUUGUGGUCGUAUAUUGGUAUGACGUUGGCGUCGUCGUCGUCGUCCGGCGUCGUCGUCCGAAUACACAUUAGUUUUCGCACUCUAACUUUAGUUUAAGUGAAUGGAUCUCAAUGAAAUUUUACCAUAAGGUUCAAUACCACAAAAGGAAGGUGGGGAUUGAUUUUGGGGGUUAUGGUACUAACAGUUAAGGAAUUAGGGGCCAAAAAGGGGCCAAAAAUAAGCAUUUUUGUAACUUCCAGACAUAACUUGUGUGUAAGUAUAUGGAUCUCUCUGACAUUGUACCACAAGGUUCCAUAUCACAAAGGGAAUGCUGGGAUUGAUUUUGGGGGUAAUUGCCUCCAAAUUUUAGGAAUUAGGGACCAAAAAGGGGCAAAAAACAAGCAUUUUUCUAGUUUCAUGACAAUAACUUGUGUGUUAGUGUAUGGAUCUCUCUGACAUUGUAUCACAAGAUUCCAUAUCACAAAGGGAAUACUGGGAUUGAUUUUUGGGGGUAAUUUCCUCCAAAUUUGGGGAAUUAGGGGCCAAAAUGGGGCAAAAAACAAGCAUUUUUCUAGUUUCAGGACAAUAACUUGUGUGUUAGUGUAUGGAUCUUUAUGAAAUUGUACUGCAAGGUUCCAUAUCACAAAGGGAAAGCUGGGUUUGAGUUUGGGGGUAAUUGCCCUAAACGUUUAGGAAUUUGGGGCCAAAAAGGGGCCAAAAAACACAUUUUUUUCUAGUUUCCAGACAAUAACUUGUGUUCAAGUGUAUGGAUCUCUCUGAAAUUGUACUGCAAGGUACCAUACCACAAAGGGAAGGCUGGGAUUGAGUUUGGGGGUGAUGAAUCAUAAUGGGGGUUCAAAAAAUUUUGGGGGGGGGGAUUUAUUUUUUUUUCCUUUUUUUUCUUUUUUUCCUUUUUUGUUUCUUUUAAAAUUUUCCAUUUUAAGUUGGUUAUUUCUGAUUUAUAUUUAAAAUCAAAUAAUAAUGAUAUGGUAGGAGAUACACACCAAACAGGAUGUGUAAAUUAUUAUAUAAUAAGUAUUGUGCAAUAGCAAGAAAUUUUCAAUUGCACAGUAUUGCACAAUAGCAAGAAAUCUUCAAUUGCACAGUAUUGCGCAAUAGCAAGAAAUCUUCAAUUGCACAGUAUUGCGCAAUAGCAAGAAAUAUCCAAUAGCACAAUAUUGCGCAAUAGCAAGAAAUUGUCAAUUGUACAGUAUUGCGCAAUAGCAAGAAAUAUUUAAUAGCACAGGAUUGUGCAAAAGAAGAUACUUCCUAUAAAUUGCUUAUUUCUUGACCAAUUUCAAUGGGGUUUUAUUCUUGAUUUCAUGGGGUUCUUUAAUAUGCUGAAUAUAACCGUGUAUUUAGUUUUUAUACGACCGCAAAAAUUGAAAAUUUUUUGGUCGUAUAUUGGUAUGACGUUGGCGUCGUCGUCGUCGUCGUCGUCGUCGUCGUCGUCGUCGUCGUCUGGCGUCGUCCGGCGUCGUCCGAAGACACAUUGGUUUUCGCACUCUAACUUUAGUUUAAGUGAAUGGAUCUCCAUGAAAUUUUACCAUAAGGUUCAAUACCACGAAAGGAAGGUGGGGAUUGAUUUUGGGGGUUAUGGUACCAACAGUUAAGGAAUUAGGGGCCAAAAAGGGGCCAAAAAUAAGCAUUUUUGUAACUUCCAGACAAUAACUUGUGUGUAAGUGUAUGGAUCUCUCUGACAUUGUACCACAAGGUUCCAUAUCACAAAGGGAAGGCUGUAAUUGAUUUUGGGGGUAGUUGCCUCAAAAUUUUAGGAAUUAGGGGCCAAAAAAGGGGCAAAAAACAAGCAUUUUUCUAGUUUCAUGACAAUAACUUGUGUGUAAGUGUUUGGAUAUUUCUGAAAUUGUACUACAAGGUUCCAUAUCACAAAGGGAAAGCUGGAAUUGAGUUUGGGGGUAAUUGCCCGAAACGUUUAGGAAUUGGGGGCCAAAAAGGGGCCAAAAAUAAGCAUUUUUCUAGUUUCCAGGCAAUAACUUGUGUUCAAGUGUAUGGAUCUCUCUGAAAUUGUACUGCAAGGUACCAUACCACAAAGGGAAGGCUGGGAUUGAGUUUGGGGGUGAUGAAUCAUAAGGGGGUUCAAAAAAUUUGGGGGGGGGGAUUUUUUUUUUUCUUUUUUUUUCUUUUUUUCCUUUUUUUUUUCUUUUAAAAUUUUCCAUUUUAAGUUGGUUAUUUCCGAUUAAUAUUUAAAAGCAAAUAAUAAUGAUAUGGUAGGAGAUACACACCAAACAGGAUGUGUAAAUUAUUAUAUAAUAAGUAUUGUGCAAUAGCAAGAAAUUUUCAAUUGCACAGUAUUGCACAAUUGCAAGAAAUCUUCAAUUGCACAGUAUUGCGCAAUAGCAAGAAAUCUUCAAUUGCACAGUAUUGCGCAAUAGCAAGAAAUAUCCAAUAGCACAAUAUUGCGCAAUAGCAAGAAAUUGUCAAUUGUACAGUAUUGCACAAUAGCAAGAAAUAUUCAAUUGCACAGUAUUGUGCAAAAGAAGAUACUUCGUAUAAAUUGCUUAUUUCUUGAUCAAUUUCAAUGGGGUUUUAUUCUUGAAUUCUUGGGGUUCUUUAAUAUGCUGAAUCUAACCGUGUAUUAAGUUUUUGGAUUUUGGGCCCCGUUUUUAAAUUGGUCCAAAUUGAGGUCUAAAGGGUCCAAAAUUUAACUUUGUUUGAUUUCAUCAAAAAUUGAAUUAUUGGGGUUCUUUGAUAUGCCGAAUCUAACCGUGUAUUUAGAUUCUUAAUUUUUGGUUCCGUUUUCAAAUUGGUCUACAUUAAGGUCAAAAGGGUCCAAAAUUAAACUUAGUUUGAUUUUAACAAAAAUUGAAUUCUUGGGGUUCUUUGAUAUGCUGAAUCUAAACAUGUGUUUAGAUUUUUGAUUAUGGGCCCAGUUUUCAAGUUGGUCCAAGUUGGGGUCCAAAAUUAAACUUUGUUUGAUUUCAACAAAAAUUGAAUAUAUGGGGUUCUUUGAUAUGCUGAAUCUAAACAUGUAUUUAGAUUUUAGAUUUUUGGCCCAGUUUUCAAGUUGGUCCAAAUUGGGGUCCAAAAUUAAACUUUGUUUGAUUUCAUCAAAAAUUGAAUAUAUGGGGUUCUUUGAUAUGCUGAAUCUUACCAUGUAUUUAGAUUUUUUAUUUGUGGGCCCGCUAUCAAAUUGGUUCAUAUUGAGGUCAAAAGGGUCCAAAAUUAAACUUUGUUUGAUUUCAUCAAAAAUUUAAUUAUUGUGGUUCUUUGAUAUGCCAAAUCUAACCGUGUAUUUAGAUUUUUAAUUUUGGGUCCCGUUUUUAAAAUUGGUCUACAUUUAGGUCCAAAGGGUCCAAAAUUAAACUUAGUUUGAUUUUAAGAAAAAUUGAAUUUUUGGGGUUCUUUGAUAUGCUGAAUCUAAACAUGUGUUUAGAUUUUUGAUUAUGGAACCAGUUUUCAAGUUUGUCCAAGUUGGGGUCCAAAAUUAAACUUUGUUUGAUUUCAACAAAAAUUGAAUAUAUGGGGUUCUUUGAUAUGCUGAAUCUAAACAUGUAUUUAGAUUUUAGAUUUUUGGCCCAGUUUUCAAGUUGGUCCAAAUUGGGGUCCAAAAUUAAACUUUGUUUGAUUUCAACAAAAAUUGAAUAUAUGGGGUUCUUUGAUAUGCUGAAUCUUACCAUGUACUUAGAUUUUUUAUUUUGUGGGCCUGCUAUCAAAUUGGUUCAUAUUGAGGUCAAAAGGGUCCAAAAUUAAACUUUGUUUGAUUUCAUCAAAAAUUGAAUUACUGGGGUUCUUUGAUAUGCCAAAUCUAACCGUGUGUUUAGAUUUUUAAUUUUGGGUCCCGUUUUUUAAAUUGGUCUACAUUAAGGUCCAAAGGGUCCAAAAUUAAACUUAGUUUGAUUUUAACAAAAAUUGAAUUCUUGGGGUACUUUGAUAUGCUGAAUCUAAACAUGUGUUUAGAUUUUUGAUUAUGGGACCAGUUUUCAAGUUUGUCCAAGUUGGGGUCCAAAAUUAAACUUUGUUUGAUUUCAACAAAAAUUGAAUAUAUGGGGUUCUUUGAUAUGCUGAAUCUAACCAUGUAUUUUGAUUUUGGACAUUGGACCAUAAUAGGUAAAUUAAAAAAAUUGAAGUUCUUAGACCACAUUCUUUCUGUGUCAGAAACCUAUGCUGUGUCAAAUAUUUAAUCACAAUCCAAAUUCAGAGUUGUAUCAAGCUUGAAUGUUGUGUCCAUACUUGCCCCAACUGUUCAGGGUUCGACCUCUGCGGUCGUAUCAAGCUGCGCCCAGCGAAGCAUUUUAUUAUACCUCUGUGCCAAGAUAGACAUACAUAUGGUAUACUGUAAUAUUUGUGUCACUUUUUUCACACACAUCAUUUGGUAGCCAAAGCUUACUUUUACCAAUCCCAUUUUUGCACAAGUUACAGUCUAAUGAAAAUAAUGUAUUUUUUGUUGUUGCUGAUUUUCAUUUUUCCUACAAUGACUUACAUGACCAUAAUGACUUAAACAUUUUUUCAUUUUAUAUAAACCUGUUUUGUGGAAAUUUGUACUCAAUACAAGUACUCAAAAUGCAAUUUUUAGGUCACCUGGCCCAAAGGGCCAAGUGAGCUUUUCUCUUCACUUGGCGUCCGUCGUCCGUAAACUUUUACAAAAAUCUUCUCCUCUGAAACUACCGGGCCAAAUUUAACCAAACUUGGCCACAAUCAUCAUUGGGGUAUCUAGUUUAAAAAAUGUGUCAGGUGACCCGGCCAACCAACCAAGAUGGCCGCCAUGGCUAAAAAUAGAACAUGGGGGUAAAAUGUAGAUUUUGGCUUAUAUCUCUGAAACCAAAGCAUUUUUAGAGCAAAUCUGACAUGGGGUAAAAUUGUUUAUCAGGUCAAGAUCUAUCUGCCCUGAAAUUUGCAGAUGAAUCUGACAACCCGUUGUUGGGUUGCUGCCCCUGAAUUGGUAAUUUUAAGGAAAUUUUGCCGUUUUUGGUUAUUAUCUUGAAUAUUGUUAUAGAUAGAGAUAAACUGUAAACAGCAAUAAUGUACAGCAAAGUAAGAUCUACAAAUAAGUCAACUUGACCAAAAUGGUCAGUUGAUCCCUUAAGGAGUUAUUGCCCUUUAUAUUCAAUUUUUAACCAUUUUUCGUAAAUUUUUGUAAUCUUUUACAAAAAUCUUCUCCUCUGAAACUACUAAGACAAAUUUAACCAAACUUGUUCACAAUCAUCAUUAGGGUAUCUUGUUUAAAAAAUGUGUCCGAUGACCCCGCCCGCGAACCAAGAUGGCCGAUAUGGCUAAAAAAUAGUACAUAGGGCAAAAUGCAGUUUUUGGCUCAUAUCUCUGAAACCAAAGCAUUAAGAGCAAAUCUGACAGGAUAAAAUUGUUCAUUAGGUCAAGAUCUAUCUGCCCUGAAUUUUUCAGACCAAUCAGGCAACACGUUGUUGGGUUGCUGCCCCUGAAUUGGUAAUUUUAAGAAAAUUUUGCAGCUUAUCUUGAAUAUUAUUAUAGAUAGAGAUAAACUGUAAACAGCAAUAAUGUACAGCAAAGUAAGAUCUACAAAUAAAUCAACAUGACCAAAAUUGUCAAUUGACCCCUUAAGGAGUUAUUGCCCUUUAUAGUCAAUAUUUUACAAUUUUCAUAAAUUUUGUAAAUUUUUGUAAAUUUUUACAAAAUAUUUUCCACUGUAACUACUGGGCCAAGUUCAUUAUAGAUAGAGAUAAUUGUAAGCAGCAAGAAUGUUCAGUAAAGUAAGAUCUACAAACACAUCACCAUCACCAAAACACAAUUUUGUCAUGAAUCCAUCUGUGUCCUUUGUUUAAUAUGCACAUAGACCAAGAUGAGCGACACAGGCUCUUUUGAGCCUCUAGUUUGCAUAUAUCAAAAGCUUUUUUCAGCAGUUUUUGUAAAAUAUGUAAAAGCUUUUGAUCAUAGCAUUAACCAUGAUAGGUAUAAAUAUGAUCAUGAUUGGUGUUCCAUCAUAUCAUUAACCAUGAUAGGUAUUAAUAUGAUCGUGAUUGAUGUUCGAUCAUAUCAUUAACCAUGAUAGGUAUUAAUAUGAUCACUGUUCGAUCACAACAAUAACUAUGAUAGGUAUUAAUAUGAUCUUGAUUGCUUAAAAAUGUGUGAAGAUGAUAGAUUUCAAAUAUAGGAAAUACAUUCAAUUUUUAUCAAUCACUAUGUCUUCUGAUUUAAUAGGUAUUAGUUUUUUUCUUUUCUUUACAUAAUUUCAGGUGCAAUAUCUAAUAAAUACAUAAUGUAAUAUUCAUCCUACCCCAUUUGCAAGUAAAAACCUAUGUUUAUUGGUACUGCUGUUCAUGAGCAAUAUUUUUGGUUACUUUAACCUGCAUCAUCAAAUUAUCAUGCUUAUAGUACAUUAAAAUAAGUGUUCUCAUAGAAAUUUUAUUUAGGCAAAUUUAACUUUCAUACUUGAAUGGAAAAGCUAAAACUUUAAAUUUUUUAUGAUAUACAUAAGAUCUUAAAGAUCAUUGGAUGCAGUCAUAAACAUUUUGAGUACAGCAAUCGAUUUUGGUACUCAAGACUCAGAAAUCAACCAAUCAAAAUACUGCAUUUGGUGUUUCAAGCACAAAUUGUGUUCUACAAGUACUGAGUCAAGUUUUAUGAUCGAAAGGUCUGAAUAGUAUGCUUUUGCUAGCUAGUGACAAGAUGAUUUUAUUCUAGAUCAACCAAAAACACAGAAUUAUUUUGCCAAUUGAAUUUGUUAGGUUAUAAGUAUUCAAUGGAAUGAGCAAGUACACUUUCAUGAGGGAGAGCUAAGAAAGAACUUUGCCCAUUGAAUGCAUUGGGUUUUUUUUUCUACCCCUGAAGGUCCAGUUGAAAAUCUAAAUGACCUCAAAAUGUUGAUGAUUUUUACAGGAUUUUGUUACUGCAUAUAAUUACAGAACAGUGCCUUUUCAGUGAUUUAUUGUUUCAAAUUGCUACAUAUGUAUACAGUUUGUACUAAUAGGAAAGUAAGUUUGUACAACAGUAUUUAUUGCUGUCUGGAAAACCCAUGAGUUAAACAUUGUUUUUGAAUUUGGACAACUUUUAAAAUAAGUAUGUUGAAUGCAACCUUUAUUUAUCUUGAACCAUUGACAUAAAGUAGCAAAUUUUUGCAUUUUUUUAAGCAAACAUUUUAAAUUUGCACAACUAUGUCUAACAGUAAUAAAGUUUCCUGUUGUCAUCUUUGUGAAAAAAAAACUUGUAAUUUAAAAAUGAAGAUUUUAACUUUUUGGAUUCAGCAACAUUGUGAAAUUCAUGGAUUUCCCAUUUUGAGGAAUUGUACAAUAGAAAAUUGUUCCUUGUCAUGUUCUUAUAAUUUAUACUUUUAUUAAAUGUUAACUGAUGUGACUUUAUCAGUUAACUAUAUUA